AUGGCUGAGGGUGGCUUGUUCUCGACUUAUUCAUUCUUCAGCGACGCUGCUGGUGUUGCAGGAAAUCUUCUUGCUUUCGUGUUGUUUGUGUCACCCAUACCGACUUUUAGGAGAAUUAUCAGAAGCCGAUCCACAGAAGAGUUUUCUGGGCUGCCUUAUAUUUAUGCUCUCUUGAACUGCUUGAUAUGCCUUUGGUACGGCAUGCCCAUUGUCUCGUCCGGCAUAAUCCUAAUCGCCACUGUCAACUCGGUUGGAGCCAUUUUCCAGUUGAUUUACAUCAUCAUAUUCAUCAUAUAUGCUAAUCGAAAAAGAAAGAUGAAGAUGUUGGGAUUACUGUUAGCAGUGUUCUCUGUGUUUGCUAUAAUCGCGUUCGUUAGCAUCAGAUUUUUCGAGCCUCCUAGUCGGCAACUUUUUGUUGGAUACCUAUCUGUGUUCUCACUCAUAUCCAUGUUUGCUUCACCAUUGUUCAUUAUCAAUUUGGUGAUCAGAACAAAAAGCGUCGAGUACAUGCCGUUUUAUCUUUCGUUAGCCACAUUCUUGAUGAGCGUUUCAUUCUUUGUGUAUGGUCUUUUCAAGCAAGACCCAUUUAUCUCCGUUCCUAAUGGGAUAGGAGCAAUACUCGGGAUUAUUCAGUUGGUAUUGUACUUAUGUUACAGUGGAGGUUCGAUCGAAGUGUCGAGAAGGCCUUUGCUCGGGUCGCAUGCCUAA